AUGGCGGCUCUCAGCGAGGAAAUCCGAGGGCUGGCGCGUCCAGUGGACGACCGUGCUAUUGCAGAGCAAGUGCGCCUCUACCUCGACACGACAUAUCCCGACCUCGCUGCGCUCACAGGCAUCCCAUCCUCAUCUUCAACUGCAGGCCCCAGCCAUCAGACCCGGCGGGGUCCCCCGCGGAGGACGCUCGACGAGGACAUUGAAUACUGGAAGAAGAAGGAGACAGACGCUCGUGAGCGCCGUGACGCUAUCCAGGCUGCGCUGCCUGGCGCGAUCGCAGAGGCGAGCGCCGCGCUGGAAGACGUCCUGUCGCGCGCGCAGCAGCUCAGCCUCCAGCGCUAUGCGCUCAGCGACUCCAUCGGCACUCUCCUCUCGGAACUGUCCAGCUCGGCGCCCCGGCCAGACGAUGGAGACGGGGAGGAAGGCGCGGGACCGCAAUCGCGCGCGCAGACGCUGCUCGAGGACUUGGAGGAGAAACAUGCUGCUCUUGCUCGGUCCCAAGCGGCACUGGCGUGGGCCAGCGUGCUCGAACGUAUCUUGAAGCAGAGAGAUACUACACUCGAUCCGGCAAACCACAAGCCAUCGCCGCUGGCGGCGCUCCCACACUAUCGCGAGUUGCAUUCUUCGGUCAAGGAGAUGGAGCGGACCCUUCCACCUGGCAUGGCGCUACUGAACUCGAUCCGCUCCGUGCGCGACGACACGUGGACGCGUUUAAAGGCGGCUCUUGGCGACAAGCUUCUGGCGGCCGCCACGGCGCUCAAGUGGCCGCUGCGGAUCGACUAUGCGUCGGUCCCCGUCGGCGACCGACGUGUGUUUGAGCGUGCGUACACCGAGAUGCUUCAUCUCCAGACAGAAGGAGAGCGCAUGGGCCUCGUGCCGUCCACUGCAGACUGGACCACGGGCGAUGGCCUGUACCCGCUCCAAGUUCUCACGAGGCCCAUUGAGCUCCGCUUCAAGUUUCAUUUCCAAGGCUCGAGAAAUACGAACCGCGUCGAUAAGCCAGAGUGGGGGUUUGCCAACAUUCAAGAUGCGGUGUACGAGCACACCGCCUUUAUCGCAGACUACCUGCAGCCUCUUACGGCCCAGGCGGGCUAUGGUGCCGUCAACGUCAAGUCGGAAUUCACAAUGCUGCUGUUCCCGAUCCUGCUCAGGUUUCUGCGCACACGAAUUCCGCACCUCCUCUCGCACCCGGCCCUCUUGGCUCACACGGUCUACCAGACUGUCCUGUUUGACGAUGCUAUGCGGGAGAAUGGGUUCGAAUUGGCACGCACUAGCAUGUACCGCGGUUCGGCGACCUCGGCCUCGACCUCGGCCGCGUGGGAAGGGUUGGCCGGCGUCAUUCUCCGAGAGCAGGACUGGUUCCAGCAGUGGCUGGCUGGCGAGAAAAAGUUUGCGGAAACUUCGCUCAACGAGAUCAUCUCGUCCCCUGACGCGUGGACGAUCUCGGAUGCUCGAGAUGCCGACGACGACAACAACGGCGACGACCAGGAAGAUUCGGCCACACCCGCCACGGAGAGUGCUCGCCAGGUGCGUGCGCUCAUCGAGCAAAUCACCGACCGUUACUCGCCUCUGCCUGCGCUCGAGUACCGCGUGGCAUUCCUGCGCACUGUCCAGCUGCCCCUCGUCGCUGCCUACCACUCGCGCGUGGACGGGUCGCUCGAUGCGUUCGAGACGCUGUCGUCUGCGUUUGUGCGCGCCGUUCCCGGAGCGCUUGGUGCCGUCCAACGACAGGGGACCGACUCGCGGCUGUCCGGCACGGCCGGUCUGGAGCGCCUCAUCAAGGCCCAUGUGAGCGCCGACUGCCUCCUGGCGGCGCUGCGCGCGUGGUCCAACGAUGCCUUCUUCGUCGUCAUGUCCGCCGAGAUGGCCGGCACAGACACGGCACCCUCGGCAUGGGACACGACCGCGGACAAGUACAUGUCCCUCCGCGCGCGCGCCGAGGACAUGAUGGUCCGCCUCAUUUCCGCCGAAGUCGAGGCCGACCUCAAGCAGCACCUCACCAAGCGGUGGGACGUGGGUGUCGGCGCCGACGGCACCGACGACGCGCACGCCGGCGCCGACCCGUCCCUCGUCGCGGCGCUGACGUCGUUUGCCGCGCUCGUCAGCUCGCUGUCCCGCUGGCUGCCGCGCCCAGCUACGGCGCGCGUGUACCGCCGCGUGGCGGCGCACCUCGUCAACCACAUUUCGCAGCGCGCAGUCUUUGCCGGCUGGUCAAAGUUCACAGCGGCCGGCGGCCGUGCGCUCGUGCACGAGGUGGAUGACUGGCGGCAGGCUGCGUCGGGCGCGCUCAGCACGACCACGCCGCCCAUCUCGGCCGACCCGCCAUGGGCGCCGCUCGCGGCCAUGGCGGCUGCGCUGGCCUUGCCUGCGUCGUCUGACGGGGGUGCGGGUACGGGAACGGUCACGGACGCACCGACGUUUGCCCAGGCCAUGGCUGCUGCGUGGGGCGGGCCGUCGGCGCUGGAGAGCAUCAAGGAGCGCGCAGGGCUCAAGGAGCUCGACGCCGAGCAGCUCCAGGCCGUGCUCCGCCGACGCGUCGAGUGCUGGAGGUAG